UGAACAUUUUUGUCAUUUGAAGAGGUUGAAGAUGGCUGUACUCCCACCAUUCCUCUUCAAAAAUGCUCGCUCCUUAUCUUUCUUAAUUUUACGUCACGGCAGGGCAAUGUGGAGUGGGCUUUUUUUUGACAGUCUGCUCUUCAAAGUGAUGUCGACCUCUAAAAUUAAAAAUCUGUAUCAAUUGUAGUGAAUCGUUAAUGAUUCUAAACAAUGUAGGAGUGAUACCUCUCUUGUAAUGGUGCGGACGUCAGGUUUAAUUUUUGGAAUGUCAGUCCGAUCCUAAGUUGUGGCAAUGCCAUGCCGCUCGUGCAUUUGUGAGUGGUGGGACGAUGCAAACGUAACGGAAACAGAUUGAAUGCUCAUAUUAUAUGAGGAACAAGAUCAUCAUUUAAACAUGGCUUCGUCUCUGAAACUUUUGUUGGUUUUCAUAAUUUUCCUGGCUUCUUGUGCGAAUGCAUUUAAGAUUUUAAUCUUGUAUCCUACGCCUUCAUACAGUCAUCAAAUUUCAGUCAUGAACAUUGCUGAGGGGCUUGUCAAGAAAGGUCAUGAGGUCUUCUUCGUCAGUCCAAAUCCCAUACCAGGUCUGGGAGAGAAUUAUACAUUUGUGGAUCUAUCGUUUUCUUACAAGUACUUUAAAAAAGAGGACAAUGACGAGGCUGUUAAUUUAGAGCAGCAGAUUUCAAGAUGGGACUUCGUGAAAGUUUUUGUGCCCUUUGCAGCCGUACCAGAAAAACAAUUCAUAAGCCAGCCUUUUGUGGAAUUUCAGAGGCGGGUAGCCGCGGAGCAGAUCAAGUUCGACGUGGCCAUCAUAGAAUUCGUGGGCAUCCCCUACACCUGCGGUAUGACGCGACUUCUGGGCAGGCUGACCAACAGCACCAUCCCCUUGAUCUCCAUGUCCUCCGUAGCGAGCGACUUCUACGCAGAGCGAAAUCUAGGCAGCUUCCAUCAUCUGUCUUACGUGCCCACUAUCUUCGACGGUUAUUCGAACAAGAUGUCCCUCUGGCAGAAGAUCGACAACUGGUUCCUGUUUCACUGGACUGUGCUCCAGAUGGAGGCGGCUCUCACAGAAAAGGCAAAGGGAUUUUAUAGGGAUACCUAUGGAGAGGAAAGCGGACGCCUGGUGGACGGAUGUUUCAGGAAUUUGAGUUUGUCAAUGAUAUCGUCCAAUGCGUUGUACUUCUAUCCGAGGUUACUUGGCCCGAAUGUCAUCGAGAUUGGGCCUGUGCAUUUGAAGACACCAGAAAAACUACCAGAGAAUCUACAAAAUUGGAUGGACGGAGCAGAGAAAGGUGUGAUUUACUUCAGUCUCGGAAGUAACAUGAAAAGCAAAUCUCUUCCUGCAGUUGUGCUCGAUAAUUUUCUGAGGUUUUUUAAACAACUUCCGUCAGGCUACCGAGUCCUGUGGAAAUGGGAAAAAGAUGGUAAUAUACCAGGCCAGUCUGAUAAUAUAUUGAGCCAAAAAUGGUUACCACAACAUAGCGUUCUGGCGCAUCCUAAAAUGAAAGUUUUUAUCACUCAAGGAGGCUUGCAGAGUUUUCAAGAGGCAGUUCACUACGGGGUUCCUACGGUAGGCAUACCAUGGUACGGGGACCAGAAUACUGUCGUCGCGAAAAUCUUGGAUGCCCAAGUAGGCGUGCGCAUUCUCCCGAAGGAGCUGACGUCAUAUAGCAAGAUUGAAUCCGGGAUUAAUGCUGUGCUAUUUGAUCGAAGGUAUUCAGAAAAUAUGAAAAAACUUUCACUUAUAUCUCAUGACUUCACCUCUAAGUCCAUGGAAAACGCUGUCUUUUGGAUAGAACACGUGGCAAGGCAUGGUGGGGCACCUCACCUCAGGCCGUCAACAGCCGAUUCUUCCUAUUUUGAAUUUUUAUGUCUUGAUAUUUUAUCUGUGAUUCUAGUCAUUAUUACUCUAGUUUUGUAUCUUUUGUAUUUUAUCUGUAAAUUUACAAUUGCGCUGGUGUCAAAUUACUUCAGUUCUAAAGAAAAAAAGUCGUGAUUUUAUUUUUGGAAUUUUAAAAACUACAAAUAUAAAAUAAAAAUACUGUAAACCUGAAAACAACUGCAAUGUUUGAUGCAAACAACCAUAAAAAAGCAGCCGAUUAUAUUUUUGUAAAGAUAUUUUCAACAAGAUUGUCAUUUUAAAUUGGUACCACAUA